AUGCAUCACUUCAGUAAACAAAUAACUGACUAGAGAUGUCAAGUUGGCUAGCUAGCUACGACAUCAUAUAGUAACGACAGCGCACUACUUUUGUAAUAAAGUAAUACACGUGAAGAUUGAAAUAAUGUCUGGACCCAAUGGAGAUCCAAACAUUUCAAUUGACGAUGGUAUUAUCAACGACGAAGAUGAAUUCGAGGACGAAGAGUAUGAUGCCAUCAACUCCAUGCUAGAUCAGAUCAACUCCUACCUCGAUGACAUAGAAGAUCGUAAUGAUUCACUUAAUGGCAAACUUCACGAACUAUUGGAGUCGAACCGGGAAGCCCGGCAGGAGUUCAGGGGCCAACAGCCCGGCUCGCAGACCCAAGAGGAGCAACAUUGUCCUGCAGACGGGGACGACUCCUCAACCAGCAAGGAAGACUUGAACAAGGACAAAGGGGACUGAAGAUGAGGGUGGCUGAGCUCAGCAAAAUAUAGGGAUGGAAAUAUUUAUGAAAGUUGAUUAAACUUCUAUCCUGUCUAUUGGACUAAUGAUGAUCUGCAUCGUUCAUGCCUAUCCGAUUCCUUUGUGAAUUUACAUCCCCCCCAUCAGCAGAUGUCUGAUAUAACUUAAUCUAGUUUUUCCAUCUUUGUUGAACUGUGGUGUGUUGGUGUUUGGUUCUUGAGCAGAUUUGAGUUUAUUGACAUCUAACAAUUUCUUAUUCAAGUUGCACACCGUAAUUACCUGGAACUAUUACAGUGAAAUCUCACGUGUUGGCAUUUAAAAAGCUGUGCCCCCGUUCAGGUCCAAGUGGGACAUCAUGAGAACAAAUUCUUAAGCCAGGAUAAAGUUUGAAAUAUUUAAAAAGAGAAUACAUUGAUAAUUUAACAAUGCCGGUGACCUGCGCUAUCAUAAUGGCCAAAUAGGGGUCAUCGUCAAACUUCUGUGUAGUGUUGACAUUCAGCUUUGUAAUAGCUGUAUUCUGUUCCUGCCCCAAAAAGUAAAUAUUUAACAAUACAGAUGUGUACCAGUGUAUUAUAAUGUUUGAUAUGCAGCACGACUGUAAAUCUUUCAAUCUGCUGUCCUGUUUAUUUUCAUUAACCUGUUUAGGAUAAUUGAGCUGAUAAGUGUUUGUAUAUGUGUAAGUGUUGACCAAAAAUAAAUUAAGUCGACAGAGUUUGGGAAUUGUCAGACAUUUUAAUAUAAAUUAAAAUGACCCCCCCCCCCCUCCCCCCCAAAACAAAAAUCCAAAAAUACAUAACUACCAGCAGUUAGAAAACAUCACCUGUUUGUUCACCUCAAUUUAGUCAGUAGCUGAAUAAAAAUACAAUAAGAAACAUA